AUGACUCUGCAGAGAAAAGGCUUCUACAAGCACCUCUCUGAAGAAGUGUUUCGACUGGAGAUUAAAAAAAUACAAAUGUCAACUUCCCCACCAACCUCUUGCGAUUGGAUGCUCCUGGUUGAACAGAAAAAUAUAAAUGUCCGUGUUACAACUAUGGAUGCUGAGCUGGAGUUUGCCAUCCUGCCCAGCACAACUGGCAAACAGCUUUUUGACCAGAUAGUGAAGACAAUUGGACUGAGGGAGACCUGGUUCUUUGGCCUCCAGUAUCAGGACAGCAAAGGCUUCUCCACCUGGCUCAAGCUAAACAAGAGGGUGACAGCUCAAGAUGUGAAAAGGGACAACCCUUUGUUGAUUAAGUUCAGGGCCAAGUUUUACCCUGAGGAUGUCGCUGAUGAACUGAUCCAGGAGGCAACGCAGCGCCUCUUCUUUCUCCAGGUGAAAGAGAGCAUCCUGAAUGAUGACAUAUACUGUCCACCUGAGACUGCAGUGCUCUUGGCUUCGUACGCGGUUCAGGUCAAACACGGAGACUACAGGAAAGACUAUCACGUACCGGGGUACCUGACAAGAGAGAAGCUGCUGCCACAGAGGGUUUUGGAGCAGCACAAGCUGAAUAAGAAUCAGUGGGAGGAAAGAAUCCAGGUGUGGCAUCAAGAGCACAAGGGAAUGCUGAGAGAAGACGCCAUGGUGGAGUACCUGAAGAUAGCCCAGGAUUUAGAGAUGUAUGGGGUCAACUAUUUCAGCAUCAAGAACAAAAAAGGAUCAGAGCUGUGGCUGGGAGUGGACGCCCUGGGUCUCAAUAUCUACGACAAAAAAGACAAGAUGACCCCAAAGAUUGGCUUCCCCUGGAGUGAGAUCAGAAAUAUUUCCUUCAAUGACAAGAAGUUCGUCAUCAAGCCAAUUGACAAGAAGGCUCCGGACUUUGUUUUCUAUGUACCUCGUCUUCGUAUUAACAAGCGUAUCCUGGCAUUGUGUAUGGGGAAUCAUGACCUGUACAUGCGCAGACGUAAACCUGACACCAUUGAGGUGCAGCAGAUGAAGGCCCAAGCCAGAGAGGAGAAGAACAAGAGGCAGAUGGAAAGGGCUCUUCUUGAGAGUGAGAAAAAAAAGCGAGAACAUGCUGAGAAGGAAACAGAGAAGAUUGCCCGUGAGACCAUGGAGCUGAUGGAGAGAUUGAGACAGAUUGAAGAGCAGACAAAGAGAGCUCAAGAUGAGCUGGAGGAGCAGACUCGGAGGGCUCUUGAGUUAGAGAAGGAGAGGACAAUUGCUCAGGAGGAAGCUGAGCGCCUGGAGAAGGACCGCAGAGCUGCAAUGGAAGCCAAAGCCGCCCUGCUAUAUCAAUCUGAAACCCAGAUCAAGAACCAGGAAAGCUUGGCCACUGAGCUGGCAGAGCUUACCUCUAAGAUCUCCCAGCUGGAAGACGCCAAGAAGAAAAAGGACGACGAGGCAAAGAGAUGGCAGAAAAGGGCGGUGAUGGUAGAAGCUGAUUUGGAGCGAACCAAAGACGAGCUGAAGACUAAACUCAUGGGUGUCCACAUUCAGGAUUCAGUCCACCCCCACAUGCUUGAGCAUGACGAGACGGAUGAGAGCAGCGCAGAGGCGAGCGCUGAGCUGACUUCCCCAGGCAUGGUCCGAGAUCGCAGCGAGGAGGAGAGAGUAACAGAGGCCCAGAAGAACCAGAGACUGCAGAAAAACCUGAAGUUCCUGAGCACUGAGCUGGCUGGAGCUGUAGACGAGAGCAAAAAGACCCCGAAUGACCUGAUCCAUGCCGAGAAUGUGAAGGCGGGCCGUGACAAAUACAAGACCCUACGUCAGAUUCGUCAGGGCAACACCAAACAACGCAUUGAUGAAUUUGAGUCCAUGUGAGGCAGUCUGAUGUAGGCCUACUCAGACUGAAGGCAGGACAAGGAUAGAUGAUGAAGAGAGAUUUUAGAAGUGUAGGUGCAGACAAUAGCAUAGGUAGUAAAUUAACCUGAAGUUGAAUAUGACAGCAGAUGAUACUGAUACAGUGCUUUGAUGCCUUCAGUGUCCAUGAUUUUAAUAUAACUUCACUGGUAAAUAAGUCACCAAGAAAAUGACAACACUCCAUGGAAAUACUUUUUUUUUUUUUAUUUUCAAAGGAACACACCCACAUUACCGGUCUGGUCCAGUGUUGCAAAUAUAU